AUGUUGCCCGGCAGGCAGGCUGCCACCGUCCUGGGGCGCCUGCUGGGAGGAACCCGUUCCUUCUCCGUUGGGAAAACUGCGUACCCCAUCAUUGAUCACACCUACGAUGCCAUCGUGGUCGGAGCCGGCGGGGCGGGCCUGCGGGCUUCCGUGGGCCUGUCGGAGCUCGGGUUCAACACUGCGUGUAUCACCAAGCUGUUUCCCACCCGCUCCCACACGGUUGCGGCUCAGGGGGGCAUCAAUGCCGCCCUCGGGAACAUGACUGAGGACGACUGGCGGUGGCACGCGUACGACACCAUCAAGGGCAGCGACUGGCUGGGCGACCAGGACGCGAUCGAGUACAUGUGUCGCGAGGCGCCCAAGGCCGUCAUCGAGCUGGAGAACUACGGCCUGCCCUUCUCCCGCACCGACGAGGGCAAGAUCUACCAGCGCGCGUUUGGCGGGCAGAGCCUGGACUUUGGCAACGGCGGGCAGGCGUACCGCUGCGCGGCGGCCGCCGACCGCACGGGGCACGCCAUGCUGCACACGCUGUACGGCGCGGCCAUGCAGCACGACGUCCGCUUCUUCGUGGAGUACUUUGCGCUGGACCUGAUCAUGGACGCCGACGGCGCCUGCCGCGGCCUGCUGGCGCUGUGCAUGGAGGACGGCACGCUGCACCGCUUCCGCGCGCACCAGACCAUCCUGGCCACGGGCGGCGCGGGGCGGUCCUACUUCUCCUGCACCUCCGCGCACACCUGCACGGGCGACGGCGGCGCCAUGGCCGCGCGUGCGGGCCUGCCCAUGCAGGACAUGGAGUUCGUGCAGUUCCACCCCACCGGCAUCUACGGCGCGGGGUGCCUCAUCACCGAGGGCUCGCGCGGCGAGGGCGGCGUGCUGCGCAACGCGCAGGGCGAGCGCUUCAUGGAGCGCUACGCGCCGACGGCCAAGGACCUGGCCUCGCGCGACGUCGUCUCGCGCUCCAUGACCAUGGAGAUCCGGGAGGGGCGCGGCGUGGGGCCCGAGGCCGACCACAUCCACCUGCACCUGGACCACCUGCCCCCCGAGCUGCUGGCGGAGCGCCUGCCGGGCAUCUCGGAGACGGCGGCCAUCUUCGCGGGCGUGGACGUCACGCGCGAGCCCAUCCCCGUCAUCCCCACCGUGCACUACAACAUGGGCGGCGUGCCCACCAACCACCACGGCGAGGUGGUGCGCCCCACCGCCGCCAACCCCGACGCCGUGGUGCCGGGGCUCAUGGCCGCGGGGGAGGCCGCCUCCGCCUCGGUGCACGGCGCCAACCGCCUGGGCGCCAACUCCCUGCUGGACAUCGUGGUGUUCGGCCGCGCCUGCGCGCUGCGCGUCGGCGAGACGGUGAAGCCGGGCCAGACCCACGCCCCGCUGCCGGAGGGCGCCGGCGACGAGGCCAUCGCUCGCCUGGAUAGGAUCAGGAACGCCAAGGGUUCCCUGCCCGCGUCCAGCAUCCGGCGGACCAUGCAGCGCGUGAUGCAGCGCGACGCGGCGGUGUUCCGCACCCAGUCGACGCUGGAGGAGGGCUGCGCGGCCAUCGACGCCUGCGUCGACUCCUUUGCCGACCUGGGGGUGAAGGACCGGAGCAUGGUGUGGAACACCGACAUGGUGGAGGCGCUGGAGCUGGAGAACUGCCUGAUCAACGCGGCAAUCACCAUGCACUCUGCGGAGGCGCGGAAGGAGUCGCGCGGCGCGCACUCGCGCGAGGACUUCAAGGAGCGCGACGACAAGGACUGGAUGAAGCACACCGUGGCCUGGUUCGACUGGGGCAAGGACAAGGUGCGCGUGGAUUACAGGCCCGUGCACGACCAGCCCCUGGACGAUGAGAUGCCACACAUCCCGCCCAAGGCCCGCGUCUACUGA